AUCAUUCUGGGUGUUUUGACGGACAGUGAAGCUACAGUUUCAGACGCUCAAUAUAUCCAUUUACUCUCAAAAGCCUCAUAGAUCUACAGGAAUUCAGUUAAGAUGUGUUUUCUCGCCAUGCCUCUUCCUCUGCUCCUGGUUUCUGCCCUGGUGUUUUGCACAGGAGAAGCCUUGGGGGACAUUGUGUCGCUGAAGAUCCAAGCCAUUGCUGGAGAAACGGUGAUUCUGCCCUGCACCGUCAGUGUAAAGGUUGACGCUGUCAUCCCAUCAGUGGAGUGGUCCAAGGAGCAUGAGUACCCCACCAUCGCCUUCCUGUAUCGAGAUGGCUGUGAGACCUUUGAGGAGAAGAAUCCGACCUUCCAAUACAGGACAAACCUCUUCCUGAAGGAACUGGAGAGAGGAAACGCAUCGCUGAGGCUUUCCAACGUGCAGCUGUCGGAUGCAGGAGAAUACAAAUGCAAGACGAUGAUUAAGGGUCGACCCCGGGAAGUGGGUUCCAUAGAGCUGUCUGUGGGUGCGGUUUCUGAGCCGAAGCUCUCAGUAGUUUCAGCUGAGGACAGGAAAGUGACUCUGCAGUGUGAGGCCAACUGCUUGUUCCCAAAGCCUGAGAUCACAUUUCUUGACGCUCAUGGAAAUAUCAUCAGUGAUGAAAACACAAAGACUGCUUUCGACUUCAAGCGCGAUUGUUUCAACAUCACAGGGAGAGUGACGGUGCAGGCUGGCAACAGGGUCACCUGCAGAGUUCACCAGCAUGACAUAAACCAGACGAGAGACACAGAGAUUUACAUACGAGAUGAAUUCAAGACGUCCUGUACUCUAAUCAUCAUCAUUGCUGUUAUAGUACCUACUAUCAUUUUAUGUGCAAUAUUUGCCUGCCUAUACAAGACCGGUGUCAUCUCUGUGGGGGACAAAAACUGCUUUCUAUGUAAGCAACACACAGAAGAAGAUGACAACAGGAAAAAACAGACUGAUGAGCUUCAGAGGAAAAUCCGUGACCAAGAAGAGAUAAUACGCAGUCUAAAGGAAAAACUGGAUGACUUUGGAUCCAAGCAGAGUCCUGUGGUUCCCGAGUCUUCCCCAGAUGUCUCAAAACCCCUGAAAACUCAAAGCAAGUUUCCCCACGACGACAAUCCAACACCAGCAGCUUCAACCAACAACAACCAUCAAAGUUCUGUCAGUUUACCCCAGAACAAAGACUCAAAACCCGACGUCCCAACACACAUCCCUGCGUUCCCUCCGAUCCAAAGGCGCAAACAUAGCCACAGCAGUCCUGCUCUUUUGACCAAAAAUGAUGAAGUGUCCCCCAGUUCUCCUUCAGCCUCCUCUUCCUCGCUGGUUCAGCGCUCGAGGUGCAUGUCCGAGUCUGGAUCACGUUCAAACGGUGCCAAACCUCAACGUAGAAACACCUUCUCCCACCCAUUACUGUCCGUUAACCGCUUCUCUCCUCUGACAAAUCUACCUGAAGAUGAUUCCAUGCAGCUGCUUGAAUGAGAGCAGAGCAGGGUUUCUUUGUUGUUUUUCUUCAGUAUAGGAAGACAUCAAAACAAGAGGUCAGUGAUGGAGAAAGUACAUAAAGUAAAAUAAGUCAUACCACAGUGCAGAAAGGGAAAAAACAUGCAUUGAUGAUUUCACUCUAGUCAAAGUAUUCUUAAAAUACCAAAAAUAAAAGUACUUAUUGUGCAUUUUUUUUAUAUAAUAUCGGCCAAAUCAUAUCACUAAUAUACUUACAACAUUUAAAUGUGGAGCUAACUUUUAUAUAUUUUUUAUACGACCAGGUUGCUAAGUUCAUGCCAAUACAUUUUCUUUUUUGUUAUUAGUAAAUAUGGACUUUUUUAAAGAAAAAAAAGGAAAGGAAAAUGUCCAAAUUGUAGUAGAAUAGAAUAAUGUUACUUAAAUAGGAAAUACUUAAUUAAAACACUGUAAUUGGUAAAUGUGUACUUGGGUAAAUGUAGUUAGUUACUUUGGUUUGGUGGGUUUUGGCAUUACAGAUGUUUACAAAAUGCUCUGUUCACAGGAGUCAUUUAUGGGUUAGGGUUACUUGUUUAAUACUCAGGAGUUUCCCCUCAAUUACCUUUCUGUGCUUUUAUUACAGAUAACAUCAUGUAGUACGUUCAGAUAAAGAUAAAGACCACCCUCUUGUGGAAGAAUCAUGAUAUUGCUUUUUUAUUCUGCUUGUUCAUUCAGAGGUACAUUUAUUUUAGAUGUCCUUUCACCUCCACCUGUCUUUGAAUGCUGUGAGAAAAUGUCUCAUGUGAAUUGUUCAAAUGUGUUUACUUUCAUUAACCGGUUGUUUGCUUCAGACUUUACAGUCACAGUGUAUUUAAUCAUUUUAAGUGUUACUUGUUUAAUACUCAGGAAUUGAUUGAUUUAUGUAACAGUAUUAAAAGAGAAGUAGCAACCAUAAUAAUCAUAAAGAAGAACUUAUUGCACAACAUUGAGCCGCUUGUGUGUGUGUGUGUGUGUGU